AUGUAUCAUAAAAAGCAAUUAGUAACAGGUGUAAACAUAUACGGAUAUCGAUAGUAGAUACAAAGUUGACGAGGGCGAAGUCUACUAAUUUUACAUCAUGAAAUACAAAGGUCUUUUGCCGUCAUUUCAAAGUGGUACCUGAAUAUUUCAUAGCGGAAUAAUUUCUUCUUAAAUAUAUCGCCAUGUCAUCAGAAAUAUAUGAUGCAGACGGCGCAAUGCUGAAACCUAAAGUUUUAACCGAAGUUCUCCGUCAAGUGAAUACUUCUGGAGUUCAGAGUACUUUACUUCUGAAUCAAGAAGGGGCUUUAUUAGCCUAUGCUGGCUAUGCUAACAAAGAUCCCCAAGUUACAGCAACAAUUGCUAGCAAUAUUUGGGGUGCAUAUGUGAAAAGCGGAGAUAUGGCCUUAGAUGGUGACAAAUUGAAGUAUGUUUUGUUACACAAUGAGGAAGGUAAAGUUGCAAUUACCUGCGUAGGAAACUUACUUCUUUGUAUUUAUGCAAAAGAAACUGUAGAUUUUGGAAUGUUAAAAGCAAAGGUAAGAUAAUCUUUAUUUCCUGUUAUUCCAUUCUUAACUGAGAUAGUCAAAAAAUAUUGUUC